GCGAUCAUAUCUCACCAUUCAGUAACGAAUUCUUCCUAUCGUCGUCCGCCGCUGUCGAUGCGGUUGCUUUCGGCGGCAACAACGAACAGAUUUGCCCUAGAAAAAAAGGUGAGAAAAUGAAAAUUCUCGGAGUUCUCACUCGAGGAUUCAUCUUCACUCGCAGAGACGCCUUGGUUUCAGCACCUUGUAGAAUAUUCAGCAACCAAUUCUUCCGUCGGGGCUUCUCUGCCGACUCAGGGGAUCCAGAGCUGAAGGAGUUUAUGGAUUACAUGGACAAUCUGAAGAACUUUGAAAAGUCUGGCGUCCCCAAAGGCGCUGGAACCGACUCGAAAGACGGGUUCGACCUCGGAAGGAUGAGGCGGCUAAUGGAAUUACUUGGUAACCCUCAAUCCAGGUUCAAGGCAGUUCAUGUUGCUGGGACCAAAGGAAAAGGAUCAACUGCUGCAUUUAUCUCCAACAUUUUACGAGCAGAAGGUUAUUUGGUUGGAUGCUAUACUAGCCCUCAUAUUCAGACCAUCAGGGAACGCAUAUCAGUGGGAAGAUCUGGCAAGCCAGUCUCAGUAAAGGCAUUGAAUUAUCUGUUUCAAAGGAUUAAGAAGGUACUUGACCAGGCAGUGGAACUUGAAAACGGGUGUCUCAGUCAUUUUGAGGUUUUCACUGCCAUAGCAUUCAGCUUAUUUGCUCAAGAGAAUGUUGAUAUUGCAAUUAUUGAGGCAGGGUUGGGUGGGGCACGGGAUGCAACAAACAUUAUUUCUAGUUCUGGGCUUGUUGCUUCAAUCAUAACAACAGUUGGUGCAGAACAUCUGGCUGCACUUGGGGGUUCUUUGGAAAGCAUUGCAAUAGCAAAGUCAGGAAUAAUCAAAUAUGGUCGUCCAGUGGUGCUGGGUGGACCAUUCCUUCCACAUAUUGAGCAUAUUCUUCGUGAUAAAGCAUCAUCAAUGUCUGCAUCUGUAGUGUCUGCAUCUGAUCCUGGAAACAGAAGCAAAAUAAAAGGCUUGUGCAAUUUAUAUGGUAAACCGGGCCAGGUUUGUGACAUAGUAAUUCAAAUUGAGAAGGACUUGCAAUUGUUCAUUGAGUUGUUUGAUGUAAAGCUGUCAAUGCUUGGAUCUCACCAACUUCAAAAUGCUGCAACUGCCACAUGUGCAGCACUCUGCCUCCGCUAUCAAGGCUUGAAAAUUUCAGAUGGAUCCAUUCUUAUUGGUUUAGAGAAUACAUAUUUGCUUGGGAGAAGCCAGUUUUUAACAUCUAGGGAAGCUGAGGCACUAGGAUUGCCUGGAGCAACCAUAUUACUUGAUGGAGCACAUACCAAGGAAUCUGCCAAAGCAUUGGCAGACACAAUACAGAUGAUAGUUCCGAAGGCAAAAUUGAUCCUUGUGGUUGCAAUGGCAAGUGACAAAGACCAUUUAGGUUUUGCAAGAGAACUACUUUCAGUGAAAAAUUUGGAAGCCAUCUUUCUGACAGAAGUUGAAAUUGCGGGAGAUAAAUCUCGAAUGACUUCCACAGCCUUACUAAAAGAUUGUUGGAUCAAAGCCUCUGAAGAAAUCGGGGCCACUCUUCUCGACUAUGGAGUGGCUGACAUGGAGAAGUUGCUCCAGCAAUCGGUUGUUCACUCUGCAGGGGGGCCGGACCACCAACCCAUAUUGACAAUCGAAACUUCAGUGGUUGCCUCCAUGAGGGCUGGAGAUGGAAUUCUCAGAGCAAAAGCAGGGAAUCAAUCAGGAAAUUACGAAUUACGAGAAAUGCCCGGCUACGGUAAGGGCCUUGGGCCCAGGCCCGGGCCUAUGGAGCAUGGGCUUUUUGCUAAAUGGAUGACAGGCCCAAUGAAUAACUACUGUUUGAUGACAUUGAAUACUAUUGUAUGGCUUUGUCGAUGGGCCCCAAUUUCUGACAAGAGCAUCUAGCCUACAAGGCGGGCGUUUGGUGGCAAACACUGUCGUAUCCGAAUCGGGUUUGAAAGCGAACUUCAAUCCGGGUGGCAUACAAUAAUGUUCCAAGGAUGGGGCCCAGGGAGGCAAAAAAAAAAAAAUUCGGGUGUGGGCCGGAAGAGACAAUUAAUCCAGCUGUCAGAUGACGUGGGCGACAGAGGUAGACGAGUCGGGAGACAUGUAGCACGAAAUAAUGAUGUCACUCUUGGCCUCUUUAACGCCUACCUCGAAUUUCCUUUGUGUUGAUUGGGUUGGGUUUGAAUUGGAACGGAUGGAUGGAUGUGCUGCUGCUUGCUGCUGCCUGUACGUGGGGUUAGGAACUGAUUGACGUUUCACAGUUCCUCUCCAUUAAUUUUUGCUUUUCCAUGCAAAUUAACUUUUCCCCUCCUCUAA